ACCCCUAUCACGGUGACAUGGAAAGCUGGGCACGCUGCGGGAGCAUGGGUGCUGCAACCAAUCCAUAGCGUGCCAUUGCUGCCAAGCUCACCACUAAAGUACAAGAAAACCAACCAUCCAAGUUUACCCCGCAGGCCGACUUCAGCUCCGAUGCCGACCCCCACUAUAAACAAAAUUCCACCUUACUGCGAAGAUGGUUCGGCCUGGUGGUGUGUUGGUCCCCCGUCCCCGUCCCGGUCGUGACUCUUUAACUCUUUUUUAGAUGUGGGACUUUGCUGCUGCUCUCUGUCAGGCAACGUGACUCGACUUCUCUAACUUUCACUCUCCCUCAUCUUCCCGCGUAAACAUAAAAAAGUAAAAAAAAGGGAAGUAAAAAAACCACACAGCCGUCAUGUUAGAAAACGCAGAACCUUCCGCCGUCGCCGUCAUGACCAAUGGCACCCUCGAUGGCGUCAAUGGCGAUCACCCACCGCGCCCAAAGACACCGCAGCCCCAAGGCAUGUCUUUGACCGAGUACAGCGCCAAUCCGUCCACGCCCCCGGAGGAGAGGCGCAAUCGCAUCAAGGGCGUCGUGCCUGAUGAUUUUCUCCUGCCCGAUGGCCACCCUGACUACCUCCGACUCAUCGCCGCCGCAACCUCGCGCGUCUACGAGGCCUGCAAGAUCACGCCGCUCCAGCCCGCCGUGAACCUCAGCAAUAGACUCGAGUGCAAUGUGCUGCUGAAGCGCGAGGACCAGCAGCCCGUCUUCAGCUUCAAGCUGCGCGGCGCUUACAACAAGAUGGCUCACCUUGACCCCGCCAAGAGCUGGAAGGGCGUCGUCUGCUGCUCUGCGGGCAACCACGCCCAGGGCGUCGCUUACUCGGCGCGCAAGCUAAAGAUCCCUGCCACCAUCAUCAUGCCCGAGGCCACCCCCAGCAUCAAGCAUCUCAACGUUGCGCGCUUGGGUGGUCACGUUGUACUGCACGGCGCCGACUUCGACGCGGCCAAGGAGGAGUGCGCCCGGAGGGAGGUGCAGGACGGGCUGAUCAACAUCCCCCCCUUUGACGACCCGUAUGUCAUUGCGGGCCAGGGAACCAUCGGCAUGGAGCUGUUCGGCCAGAUCAACAUGGCCAAGCUGGACGCUAUCUUCUGCUGCGUCGGCGGCGGUGGUCUCAUCUCCGGCAUCGGCGUCUACGUCAAGCGCAUGGCGCCCCACGUCAAGAUCAUCGGUGUCGAGACCUACGACGCCAAUGCCAUGGUGCAGUCUUUGGCCAAGGGAGAGCGCGUGGUUUUGGACACCGUCGGCCUCUUCGCCGACGGCGCCGCCGUCAAGACGGUGGGCGAGGAGACGUUCCGCCUCUGCAAAGACGUCGUCGACGAGGUCAUCCAGGUCACCACGGACGAGGUCUGCGCAGCCAUGAAGGACAUGUAUGACGACACCCGCGCCGGUCUCGAGCCCGCCGGCGCGCUGUCCAUUGCCGGCCUCAAGAAGUACGUCACUCAGAACCCGAGCGACCGCCGGAGAACCAUGAUUGCCGUCACCUCGGGCGCCAACAUGAACUUUGACCGUCUGCGUUUCGUUGCCGAGCGCGCCACACUCGGCGAGGGCAAGGAGGCGCUGCUGUCGGUCAGCAUCCCCGAGAGGCCCGGCGCAUUCGCCAACCUUAUCACCAGCAUCAUGCCCCACUCGGUCACCGAGUUCUCCUACCGCUAUGCCACCAACGAGGCCGCCAACGUCCUCAUCGGUAUCUCCUUGACGGCCCCGGCAUCCCAGAGGACGCAGGAGCUGCACAUGCUGCUGGAGCGCAUCCGGUCGCACGACAUGUCGGUGACGGAUCUCUCGGCCGACGAGCUCGCCAAGAGCCACAUCCGGUACCUCGUCGGCGGUCGUUCCAACGUGCCCAACGAGCGCCUGUACAUGUUCAACUUCCCCGAGCGCCCCGGCGCGCUGGAGAAGUUCCUCAUGACCCUCCGCCCCAAGUUCAACAUCAGCCUGUUUAACUACCGUAACUAUGGCGGCGACACGGGCAAGAUCCUGGCGGGCAUCCUGUGCCCCGACGACGAGGUCCAGGAGCUGGAGCAGUUCCUUACCGCCAUUGGCUACCCGUGGGAGGACUGCACCGAAUCCGCCGUGUUCAAGACCUUCCUCCGCAGUUGAUUAACAUGUCAUCGAGGGACUGGCGCGCGCGCGCGCGCGAGAAUAAUUACAGUUUGGCGUCGGGAGUUUUGACUAUGGAAAUUUUCAGAUGAUUCAUUUUGGGAGAACAAAAAGUAUGAUGGUUCAGAGAAUAUAGAGAAGAGGCUUUCAAGAACGCAAAACUGCCUCUCCCAUAGAUAAAAUACUACUGCGUUCAACCGGACGUCUCUGGGAAAAGACUCUUUGCGUCCAGAUGCGACUACAUUUCACG